UUUAAGAACCAACUUAGUAAAUAAUAAUGAACAUUUGAAUAAACAUGUUUUUUGCAUUUAACUAAUCUUAUAUACUAAUGAAUAUUAUUAAUUUACUAUAACAUUUGGUUUCAAGGAAAUCACGGAAUACUGAGAUCAUAAUGGCAUCUUAUGAAAGUCUAAUUAAAAUAAUUUUAUGGAGCUGUUCUCUAUUUAAUCUACUAACUUUCUGUGAAACUGACAAUACAAGUGACAUAACACAUUACAUUCGAUGGACAAAUAAUGUAUUCUUAGCAGUCAAAAAUAUGAAAAAUCAAAGUGAAUUAUUAUUCCAUGUAAUUCUAUGGGUUCAUACACAUCUACAGCCAAAUAAAAAAGAAGAUUUUGAUAAAACCCUGUUGGAAUACAAAAUAUUAUUAGAAACAUUAAUACCAAUGCGUCAACAAAAACAUUCUAUUGAGAGUGAAAAAACAAUUCUGAAUAUUCUAUUUGAAGGCAAAUAUAAAAAUUCAACACUGCAAACUCUCAAAAUUAGAAGGGAAUCACUCGAGCCUCAAGACAAUCUUAUGAAAUACGAUGAUGCAGUUAAACAACGAAUGAAUAUUUUUAGAAGAGUAGCAGCAUAUUAUUUUAAUAAUACAAAAUCGUCAGAUGACUUGUGUCAAGAUUAUUAUUUGCACAAAUGUUUUGUAGCAGGACUUCUAAACUACAUUGAUAAUCCUAAAAUUAUAAAACAAAAAGGAGGAUGUAGUUCCUAUGGAAUUUGUGCUUUUGAUUCCAUGGAUAUUAAUGGAGAAUGGCAAAUUAAACAAUAUUCAUUUACAGCACAAAAUAAAUUUUAAAUUUUAUAUUUUAUCAAAUCUAAUACUUUUAUUGUUCAUCCUCUCGUCGACUAAGGCCAAUGGCUACAUAAGUUAUUUAUCUAUAAUAUAUUUUGUUUGAAUGAAUUUGUAAUAUUUGAUGUAUAACAGUGGAAUAAAUAAUUGAAUCUAAUUAUUUUUUAGAUUAUAACAAUAA